GGAGACGCAGAGAAGGCUGUGACAGGGCAGAAGGGAAGACGACGGAGUCUAGCUACACGCUGGGGCUGCUGGGACUGUAACUUGCGUUUGCAGACGGACUCAUCUGCGUUCGCGGUGUGGCUUUUUGUUUUGGGUUUUAAUGUCGCUGACAUUGUGGAGGAGGACGCCCGUGCACUUGCUACAUUGCCACUAAAUCAGUAAAUCCGUUUUGGACGUAUAAUCUGUCACAUUCAGGGGGCGAUGUCCAGAUUGGGUGUGGUGUGUGGGGGCUCACGUGGCAUUGGCCGGGCAGUUGCCCAGUUGCUGGCACAGAAGGGUCACAGGGUCGUGGUGGUCUCCAGAAACCAAGAAGCAGCCCUGGGGACAGCGGAAUCACUUCCUGGAGUGGCUCACGUGGGCCUCAGCUGUGACGUGUCCAGAGAGCACGAUGUUCAGAGUGUGUUUGAGACCAUCACCAGCACGUGUGGCCCUGUGGACUACCUGGUGAACGCAGCAGGAAUUAUCAGAGAUGCGUUAUUAUUGAGGAGUAAAUCUGAAGACAUCGGCUCUGUUCUUCAUACGAACCUGCUGGGCUCCAUGCUUACGUGUAAGGCUGCGCUACGGAGCAUGCUUAGUAAAGGAGGGGCCAUUGUCAACAUAGGCUCGCUGGUGGGUAUGAAAGGCAACGCUGGCCAGUGUGCGUACAGUGCCAGCAAAGCCGGCCUGGAGGGUUUCUCCCGGUCCCUGGCUAAAGAGGUGGCCUCCCGGAGCAUUCGAGUCAAUCUGGUGGCUCCAGGGCUCAUCCAAACAGACAUGACCGCAGGCCUGAGAGAGGAAGACGAACGCAGGCGGAUUCCUCUGGGGCGUUUCGGCCAGCCGGAGGAGGUGGCCCAGGCUGUGCUGUUCCUCUUAGAGACGCCCUACGUCACAGGACAGGUGUUGCUGGUGGAUGGUGGACUGCAUCUGGCCCUGUAGCACCCUGGUGCAGUUGGUUCCACCUUUAAUCCCUGCCCUCCGCACGGCACCGGUGGUACGGUCCCUGGCCUAAACCUGUAGUGUGAAAACCCUACCACUUGAGGUCUCUGUUUGUAAAGGUGAAUGACGUUUGUUGAUGUCAGCAAUGGUCAGUCGUGUCCUUUUAACAUUCAGGAAUGUUUUGUCUUCAAAAUGGUUCUUUUACAAGCUUCACCAAACGGUUUGGAUAUACUGCUUUUAAAUGGACGCUCAGUCUCAGUCACUGAGCAGAGAGAGAAAAACUCAGGCGAUGACCGAGUGACGGUGAGAGCUUUAGUUAGUCCUCGACGCUCACAUGUUAAAAUACAAAACCUACAACCACAUUUUGGUCGUCAUUUUUUUAAGUCUCCCUUUUCAUGGGAGUUUUACACACACACACACACACACACACACACAGCUGGCCGCAUUAAGUUUUAUUUUUAGCUCCUUCAGAUUUUUUUUUGGUGGGGUGUGUGUGUGUGUCAGCCUACAACUGCAACUGCCUACAACUGAGGUCAUAGGUCAGCCGCAAGCAUACGAGCUCUCUACACCCAUUACGGCCACCAAAGCAGCUGAUUUUGUAAUGUUAAAUAAAACUAAACUUCAGUGGUGUGUCUGCAUUCAUAGCUUUGAGGCUCCUGGACAGAGUUUAAUUCCUUAAUUGGCAGGUUUUGUAAAGGACGACCAUCAGACGAGGACAGCCUGUCUACACCCCGUUGUCUAGUCUUUAAAAGAUACAGACACAACACCAAAGACCUUCUAAAGACCCCUCAUCAUGUAAACAUGCACAAUACAAAACACACAACAGCUUCUGUAUUCUAGCAUUUAAAUGUGAAUUAGUCAAUAUCCAGUUUUCCUGCUCGUAGACCCAAAGCUGCUUUGUUAUACCAAACUAUUAAAGGGUUUAAGAUGUGUUUUUACGAAAGAGGUGCUUUCAUUCCAGGUUCAGUACUUUCAAAGACCUUUAUUUAUAUUGGUGUUCAUAAACCAGAACAGAGUCGGGAGAGUGUUCAGAUACACAGGUGCAGGUUGGCUUUCAUCGUGAGGCCCGUUAGACAGCAGUAACUGAGGGCAAACAUUUGAAAAAGGCAAAAGAUAUUGCAACACUUGUGUGAGUACAUACUAUAUAGCCAUAUGUUUAGAUACAUUAUCAAAAUACAUUGCAAGCCUUAAUGAUGUGCAAAUUGUAUAACAAUCCAACAGCCCAACAAACAGUUUGACUCCAAUUCAUUGUAAGUACCAGAGUUGCAUAUGUGAAUAUAUAUUAAUAUGAAGGAAAAAAAAAAAAAAA